AUGGAGUACACAUUCAGAGGAGUAACUCACAACCCUGGGAUUAUAAUCUGGAGAAUUGAGAAAAUGGAGCUGGUACAAGUCCCUGAGAAAUCUUGCGGAAACUUUUAUGUGGGUGACUGCUACAUACUUCUGUCUACGCAGAAGGUGAGCAGCUCUCUAUGUUAUGAUAUCCACUACUGGAUCGGCUCACAGUCCUCUCAGGAUGAACAGGGUGCAGCUGCUGUUUACACCAUACAGCUUGACGAAUUUUUGGGCUCCACUCCAGUCCAGCACCGUGAGGUUCAGAACCACGAGUCUGAUGCCUUCAGGGGAUACUUUAAACAAGGAAUAAUCUAUAAGAAAGGUGGAGUUUCAACAGGUAUGAGGCACACUGAAACCAACACCUAUGAUGUUAAGAGACUGCUUCAUAUCAAAGGGAAGAAAAGGGUGAUUGCAACAGAGGUGCAGAUGAGCUGGAAUAGCUUCAACCUUGGAGAUGUGUUUUUAUUGGACCUCGGAAAGACCAUUGUUCAGUGGAACGGGCCGAAGAGUAACAAACAGGAAAAGCUUAAAGGCAUGUUGUUGGCCAAAGACAUCCGUGACAGAGAGAGAGGAGGUCGGGCAGAGAUCAGAGUGAUCGAGGGUGACGCAGAGAGCAACUCUCCUCAGAAUAUGAACAUCCUGAAUGAUGUUCUUGGAGAAAGAACCUCUAAGCUGACAGAUGGACCUGCUGAUGAAACCGCUGACCAGGAACAGAAGGCAAAGCUCACACUUUACCAUGUGUCAGAUGCUGAUGGCCAGAUGAAGGUCACAGAAGUUGCUAGCAGACCACUGGUUCAGGAUCUCCUCAACCAUGAUGACUGCUACUUCCUGGAACAGGGAGGGACCAAGAUCUUUGUAUGGAAGGGGAAAAAAGCAAACAAAGCCGAAAGACAGGCUGCUAUGGCCAGAGCUUUGAAGUUCAUCAAAGCAAAAAACUACCCCAUCACUAUGAAUGUGGAGACGGUGAAUGACGGGGCAGAGUCGGCGCUCUUCAAGCAGCUGUUUCAGAGGUGGACAGUAAAGGACCAGACUCAAGGUCUGGGCAAAGUGCACACAAGAGGGAAAGUGGCUCACAUCACACUAGAGAAAUUUGAUGCCACUGCGAUGCACAUGAUGCCAGAAAUUGCUGCACAGGAGCGUAUGGUGGACAAUGGCACAGGUCAAGUGGAGGUUUGGAGAAUUGAGAAUCUGGAGCUUGUGCCUGUGGACCCUCAAUGGCACGGAUACUUCUAUGGAGGAGACUGCUACCUGAUCCUCUACACUUACUUUGUUAACAACAAGAAGUGUUACCUGCUCUACAUAUGGCAGGGGCGUCAUGCAACACAGGAUGAACUGGCAGCCUCGGCAUUUCAGGCUGUGGACUUGGAUCAAAAGUACGGUGGUGAGCUAGUCCAAGUGAGAAUAACCAUGGGCAAGGAACCAAGACACUUUAUGGCGAUUUUCAAGGGUAAAAUGGUCAUCUUUGAGGGGGGCACAUCUAGAAAAAGACCUUCUGACCCAGAGCCUCCGAUAAGAUUAUUCCAGGUCCACGGCUCUGACCCGUCCAACACAAAAGCCAUUGAGGUCCCAGCCCUGGCCACCUCUCUGAACUCCAAUGAUGUGUUUUUACUAAAGAGCCAAUCAGGAAUUUAUCUGUGGUGUGGAAAGGGAUCAAGUGGCGAUGAGAGGGCCAUGGCGAAGGAGGUCAGCUCUGUGAUUCGCCAGAAUGGCUCAGAGGAGAUUGUGGCAGAGGGUCAGGAGCCCAUUGAAUUCUGGGAGUUGCUUGGAGGCAAAGCUCCGUACGCUAGUGACAAGAGACUACAGCAGAUGGUUUUAGACCACCAGCCACGUCUGUUUGAAUGCUCCAACAAGACAGGGCGUUUCAUCGUGACCGAGGUGACUCAGUUCACACAGGACGACCUUAGUGAGGAUGACGUCAUGCUACUGGACACAUGGGACCAGGUGUUUCUCUGGAUUGGUAAAGAGGCCAACGAGGUUGAGCGCAAAGAAGCAGUGGUCACAAGCCAAAAGUACCUGUGUACCCACCCGGGCAACAGAGAUCCAGACACCCCCAUCCUCUUGGUCAAACAAGGGUUCGAGCCGCCCACCCUCACUGGCUGGUUCACAGCCUGGGAUCCCUCCAAAUGGAGCGGAGGGAAGAGCUAUGAGGAGUUAAAGAAGGAGUUGGGAGAUGUAGCAUCACCUGUUCAUGUUACAUCUGUAUGUAGAGCCUCAUUCAUUUCUCAAAACUGUGUUGAAAGUAAUAAAAACUUUCAGUCCUUUCCACCUGAAGCUCUGGUCAACAAGCUCGCCGUUGAGCUGCCUGAAGGUGUUGACCCGACACAGAAAGAGAAACACCUCUCUGACUCGGACUUCAGCUACGUAUUUGGGAUCACCAAAGAUGACUUUGCGAGUCUGCCACGGUGGAAACAGCUGAACUUGAAGAAAGAAAAAGGGAUGUUUUGA